UUGCAUAAACUAGGAUUACUUGAUUUUCAUACAUGGAUUCUUCAUUCUUUCAAUACCCAAAUCUUCAAUUCUCUCCUGCUCAAUCCUCUUCUUCCUAUGUUUCUCAAGAAAACUUCUCACCAGAGUACUUCAAUUACCAAAACCAAGCCCUUCCUUUCAAUGAAAAUGACUCCCAAGAAAUGCUUCUUCUAGGAGUUCUAAACCAAGCCCCGGCAAACUACUUUGAUACCACAUCUGUUAAUAGUUUCGGAGAUGAUAAUGAAGUGAAUUCGCAAGCUAACGAAGAGGAGACAGGAAAGGAGAUUUCUUACAGAGGAGUUAGGAAGAGGCCAUGGGGAAAAUAUGCAGCUGAGAUUAGGGAUUCCACAAGGAAUGGUGUUAGAGUUUGGCUUGGAACCUUUGAUACAGCUGAGGCUGCAGCUUUAGCCUAUGAUCAGGCUGCAUUGGCAAUGCGAGGUCCAAUGGCUAUACUCAAUUUUCCAAUGGAUAAAGUUUAUGAAUCACUUCAAGAAAUGAACUAUGGGUUUGAAGAAGGUUAUUCACCUGUUUUGACAAUGAAGAAAAGGUACUCGAUGAAGGCCAAAAGAUCAGGGAGCAAGAAGAAGAAAGAGAAGGAAAUGGGGAUGGAAAAUAUCCUGGUGUUGGAGGAUUUAGGAGCUGAUUAUUUGGAGGAGCUUCUAAGUAUAUCUGAGAGUAGUGCAACUCCUUAUUGGUGAAUAAUUGAGUGCAUUUUCUCUUCUCCUUUUGUUCUUCUCCCUUUUCAAAUUAGAUGGUGCAGAAGGACCAAUGUUUUAGUUGGAUAAUGCCUUUGAACUUGUAAAUCUUUGAGAUGAUGAAGGAUCAAAGUUUUGUGCUAUGCAGAAUUUUGUCAACAUUACACACUAGUUGAAAUUUUCCAAUAUA